AUGCACCUCCCGACCGGGCCCUCCCGCCGUGCAACGGCUUACGCGGAGGGCCUCACCCAGGCUCGAGACCUGGUCCGGCGAGAUGUACCUAGUGCUGCAAUCGCUGUGGGCGGCUUCUUCGGACUUUUUCUCACCGUGGCCAUUGUGAUUAUCACAAUGACACGCUACUCCAAGCGACAAAAACGGCAGAAAUCGCGCACGCAAGGCUACGAGUCGACCACAGGCGCCGACACGACCGAACUCGCCCCUGCCACAACCACAACCACCAGCACCGUAACGAUGCCGCCGCCCGCUCAAACCGCCGGCGGCGGCGGCAACAGCGUGGACCGGCACACGUCUGUGCGCUCCGUCAUGACACUGCCCGCCUACCGCGCCGAGGCGUCCACCAACGAGCAGGUGCUCGGGCGGGCGGGCGACCGCGACGGCGUCGACGUGAUUGUCGACCUGCCGACCGAGGAGCGCGAGGAGGCGCUGCGGGACGAGGAGAUGGCGGCGCUGUACCAGAUCCGGGCGCUGCGGCGGCAGCAGAUUCUGGAGCGGGAGCAGCGGCGGACGGAGCGCGAGGCGGCGCGCGCGCGCAACGACCGGGCGGCGCUGGCAGACAUUAGGCAGCGGGCGCGCCUGGCCCGCGACGAGGUGGCGGCGAGCAACGAGGCCAUUGACGAGCUGCGACAGGACGCGUCACGGGCGCAGGGCCAACGGCUGCGCAGCGUGUCGACCGUUUCGUAUGGGGACCUGGGCGUUGCGCGGCACGACGGCAGCCGCGUGCGCGCGAGCAGCAAUGACAGCGAGCGCAUGGGGCUGCUGGCCGAUGCCGCGAGCAUCGGCGAGGCCGCCGCCGCCGCGGGGGCGAUGCCCGAGACGCUCCGCAGCAGGAACAGGAGCGUAAGCUCGUUUGUGAGCGUCGACAGCGGGCCGCCGUCGCCGGCCUACUCUCGCGAGGCGUCGAGGUAUGGGCGCGGCGGCAGCGGCGACUCGCCGCUGGCGGGCUCCAGCCCAGAUCUGGUCGAGGUGCCGUUGGAUCUGGGCGACGAGGAUCGCCCCCCGCCGCCGGGCUACGAGGAAGAGGCGUCGCCGUCGCUUGGGAGGGAGGCUGCUGCUGCUGCUGCUGCACUACCACCGCCGGAAUAUGCCGAGGGCGACAGAAGUAGUAGCGGCCAGGUGGUGGGCGAGCUGCAGGCACCCGCGGAUGCGGGUCGAUCGCAGCGAUCGGGCAGCUUCACCAGACCGGUGCCGCAGAUUGUGAUUGAGCGGCAUUAA